UUCAGCUAUGGAAGGUGUGAGGACGAGUUAGCUCUACUUUCAUAAUAAAACAGCUAGCUUGGUUACUGCGAAGGGCAAAACUCUAGGCAGCAGCCAUGGCUGCCGUUGAACAAGGAGUUAACCCCAAUCAGUAUACACAAGAUGGGACUGUCGAUCUCAAAGGAAACCCUGUUCUUAGAUCCAAGAGAGGUGGAUGGACUGCUUGCGCCUUUGUUGUUGUUUAUGAGGUGUUUGAACGAAUGGCCUACUACGGCAUAUCGUCGAAUUUGAUCCUGUACUUGACGAAUAAGCUUCACCAAGGCACAGUCACCUCUGCUAAUAAUGUCACCAACUGGGUUGGCACCAUUUGGAUUACUCCUAUUUUGGGUGCAUAUGUUGCUGAUGCUCAUCUGGGUCGUUACUGGACAUUCCUCAUUGCCUGUAUCAUCUAUCUAUCGGGAAUGUCUGUACUUACCCUAGCAGUGUCACUUCCUGCUUUGAAACCUCCAAAAUGCCUCGACGCGAAUAUCGAAAACUGCAAGAAGGCCUCCACAUUACAGUUAGCUGUGUUCUAUGGUUCACUCUACACUCUGGCUAUUGGAACAGGAGGGACAAAACCUAAUAUCUCAACCAUUGGAGCAGACCAAUUUGAUGACUUUGAUCCUAAGGAAAAGGCUCAAAAGCUUUCGUUCUUCAACUGGUGGAUGUUCAGCAUCUUCUUUGGCACACUCUUUGCCAACACAAUCCUUGUCUACAUUCAAGACAAUGUGGGCUGGACCUUGGGAUAUGCGCUUCCAACUCUUGGGCUUCUCAUAUCUAUCCUGAUCUUCUUGGCUGGCACACCCUUUUAUAGACACAAGGUGCCUUCUGGGAGUCCAUUUACAAGAAUGGCUAGAGUCAUAGUGGCUGCACUAAGGAAAUGGAAGGUGACUCUUCCUAGUGACCCUAAGGAAUUCCAUGAGCUUCACUUGGAUGACUAUGCAACCAAAGGAAAAUUCAGGAUUGAUUCUACACCAAGCAUAAGGUUCCUCAACAAAGCUGCUGUGAAAACAGCCUCAACUAGUCCAUGGAGGCUGUGCUCAGUAACUCAAGUAGAGGAGACCAAGCAAAUGUUGAGAAUGAUCCCAAUCUUGCUUGCAACAUUCGUUCCGAGCAUUAUGGUUGCACAAAUCCAUACCCUAUUUGUCAAACAAGGCACCACGCUCAACCGAAGAGUUGGAAACUUCAAGAUCCCCCCUGCAAGUUUAGCUGGAUUUGUAACCCUAUCGAUGCUAAUCAAUGUCGUGCUCUAUGAUCGGUUCUUUGUCAAGUUCAUGAGAAAGUUGACAAAGAAUCCUAGAGGAAUCACUCUCCUUCAAAGAAUGGGAAUUGGAAUGAUUCUCCACAUUUUCAUUAUGGUAAUUGCAUCUCUAACUGAGAGGUAUCGACUUAAUAUUGCCAAGGAACAUGGAGUAGUUGAAAGUGGAGGACAGGUUCCUCUUACCAUAUUGGUUUUGCUUCCUCAAUUUGUGCUUAUGGGAACAGCUGAUGCAUUUCUAGAGGUUGCAAAGAUUGAGUUUUUCUAUGAUCAAGCACCUGAAAGCAUGAAGAGUCUUGGGACUUCUUAUUCCAUGACCACUUUGGGAAUAGGGAACUUUCUCAGUAGUUUCCUUCUUUCGACAGUUUCUCACAUCACCAAAGAGCAUGGACACAAAGGAUGGAUACUCAACAACUUGAAUGCUUCUCAUCUUGACUACUAUUAUGCCUUUUUUGCCAUACUCAACUUUUUAAACUUCAUUUUCUUCUUGUUUAUGACUAAGAUGUAUGUGUACAAGGCUGAAAUUUCGGAUUCAAUUAAAGUUCUCACCGAAGAAUUGAAGGAGGCAACAAUGUACAGGCUACCAAAUCAAGAAGAUCAGUCCAAGUCAUAGUCUCAAGUAAGUGACUCGUGUGAUAGAAAUGGAAGCUGCUUGCUUUUGCUUUAGGAGUGUAUGCUUGAUAUGUUUUACCUCAACUCAGUAGACAAACGCAAAAAAAUUAUUGUGAAUGCUUGAUAGCAUUCAUUACAAUUUUACUCGUUAAUCACAAAUGUUAGAAUAUAUUGUACUCGUUGAAGGAUAUUCAAUUUAUGUGUGCCAUACCAAAUAAUUAGGAUUACUUUCUAUUGUUGUAAUAGGAGAGAUUGUUCUAGAUUCCUAGUUCUAAAUAGAAUAAGAUUCCUAGU